UGCAUUUGGGGGAGAAAGACGGUGAGAAAGGAGAAGGUAGAGUGAGAGGAAAGACAAGGGAAGAGGGCAAAGAAGUUACAGCAAAGCUAACCUCUAGCGAUGAAGUGGUGACUGAAAGACAGACAGACAAGAGAGGAGAGAUGAAGUGAUAGACCUUGUGACAGGGACAAAUUUACAGUGUGGACAACCUGCACAGGAAAAAAGGCAGUAAGGGGGCUUUUAUAGACAGGAAGGAGUACCGGAAAAAAGCAAGAAAGCACUGGCUCUUCCUCAAAGCUGCCUCUUACAGCAUCAGAGAGGAAAAAAAGAGAGUGUGACAGGACAGAAAUCCCUACAGGUGUAGAUGCAGACAGGUGGACAGUCAGACAUGCUGCCUGUGCUUCUGCUUCUGCUUCUCUACACGGUUGGAGGAGUUUGGGGGUCGGCCCCAGGAGUGUGGGGGUAUGGACAGAUCGAGGACAAGCAGGAGUCGGCGGCAUCGCUGUGCCCGUCUCCGUGCCAAUGUGAAGAGGAUGGGAUCUUCAUCAUGGUGGACUGCUCAGAGUUGGGACUAUCAUCUGUGCCAACCAACAUCAACCCACUUACCACUUAUCUGGAUCUGAGUAUGAACAACAUCAGUGAGAUCCAGCCCAGAGUCUUCCACCGAUUGCACCUGUUAUCAGAACUGCGUAUCUCAGGGAAUCAGCUGAGGUAUAUCUCAGGCCAUGCUCUCCAGGGUCUCCACAACCUCAAAGUUCUGAUGCUACAAAAUAACCAGCUGGAGAGACUUCCUGAUGAUGCUCCAUGGGACCUACCCAAUCUCCUGUCCCUGCGUCUUGAUGCUAACCUUCUGUCAGAGGUUCCGGCUGGGGCCUUUAGAGGGGUUCGCUCUCUCAGACACCUGUGGUUGGAUGACAACUCCCUAACAGAAAUCCCGGUCACAGCCCUGGACUCUCUGCCCUCCCUGCAGGCCAUGACGCUGGCUCUCAACCAGAUCACACACAUCCCAGAUUGUGCAUUCACCAACCUCUCUGCCCUUGUUGUACUGCAUCUCCAUAACAACCAGAUCCAGAGCAUGGACGAAAGAUGUUUUGAAGGUUUACAAAGUUUGGAGACACUGGACUUAAACUACAAUGAUCUGCAGGAGUUCCCUGUGGCAAUCAGGACACUGAGCAAGCUUCAGGAACUGGGCUUCCAUAACAACAAUAUCAAAGCCAUCCCUGAGAAGGCCUUCGUGGGAAACCCUCAGCUCCAAGCCAUUCAUUUCUAUGAGAACCCCAUCCAGUUUGUGGGAAAAUCUGCUUUCCAGUUCUUACCUAAGUUGCACACACUUUCCCUUAACGGAGCAACCCAGAUUCAAGAGUUUCCCGAUCUGAAAGGAACCACCAGCCUGGAAAUAUUGACGCUGACUCGGGCCGGUCUCUCGGCUCUCCCCCUGGAUCUAUGUGAGCAGCUGCCUCGACUCAGAGUACUGGAGCUUUCUUACAACCAGAUAGAGCAUCUUCCCAGCUUUUACCACUGCUCUGCACUGCAAGAGAUAGGGCUACAGCAUAAUCAAAUCAGGAGAAUAGAGUCAAGCACCUUCCAGCAGCUUGCAUCUCUAAGAGCACUUGACCUGAGCUGGAAUAUGAUCGAGUGGAUCCACCCGGACGCCUUCGCCUCGCUUCACUCUUUGAUCAAAUUGGACCUGACUGAGAACCGUCUCAGCUCAUUACCUGUUACAGGUUUAGGGGGUCUCACCCAUCUCAAGCUGAGGGGCAACACAGAAUUAUAUGAGGCCUUCAGUCCUGAUCACUUCCCUCGUAUGAGGGUAAUAGAGAUGCCUUAUGCCUAUCAGUGCUGUGUGUAUGGUUCCUGUGACAGCUACAAGCCAGUCAGCCAGUGGGAUACAGAACAGAGCAACACUGACGAGGACUUACACAAGAGGCCUGUUGCCAUGUACCCAAUCCACGCUGACACACACUAUGAUCCCGACUUGGAGGAGUUCCAGCUAGAAAUAGAGGAAUCCAAACUACAGACCAGCGUCCAAUGCACACCCACUCCAGGUCCUUUCCGUCCCUGUGACUCUCUGUUAGGCAGCUGGUUGGUUCGUGUGGGCUUGUGGUCCAUCUCCUUGGUGUCUCUUCUGGGGAACUCCCUCCUGCUGCUGUCCCUCUUUGGCUCACCCAGCUACCUGUCACCGCUCCGCUUCACUGUGGCCUGCAUGGGUGCUUCCAACCUGUUGACAGGUGUGUGCACAGGGACUCUGGCUCUUGUGGACGCCCUAACCCUGGGAGAGUUUGGUCACCACGGUGCCCGCUGGGAGGGGGGUCCUGGUUGUCAAGCAACGGGAUGGGUCUGGGUGUUUGCAUCUGAGGCAAGUGUGUUGCUGCUGACUCUGGCAGCUGUGCAGUGUGGCGUGAGUGUGACAUGCGCCCGUGCCUAUGGAAAGUCCCCGUCCCUUGGGAGUGUACGCACAUGUGCGCUUUUCUGCCUCGCUCUUUCCCUCAGCCUUGCUUCUCUCCCACUGAUUGGAGUUGGAGAGUACGGGUCCUCACCUUUCUGCCUUCCCUCCCCCCUACCACCCCCAUCAUCUCGACUUCCAUCCUCCCUGGGCUUUCCCUUGGCGCUCAUUAUGAUGAACACACUGUGCUUGCUUAUCGUUACAGGUUCAUACAUUCGCCUUUACUGGGAGUUACUUAGGGGAGAAUGUGAGGGCCUGUGGGACUGCGCUAUGAUCAAACAUGUUGCCUGGCUAAUAUUCACCAAUGGUCUCCUUUAUGUACCAGUAGCUUUCCUGUCCCUGUGCUCCCUUCUGGGUCUCCUCUCUUUGGGGGAGGAGGUGUUAAAAUCAGUUCUCCUGCUCCUCCAGCCCCUGCCUGCCUGCCUGAACCCUCUCCUCUUCCUCCUUUUCACACGAGACCUCUCCCAGUUUUUCUUCUGGCCUCACCCCAAAGCACGUCCACAGCUACGCAGGGACCGCACCCUGGACUCGCUGGUUUCUGUGGAGACUGAGAAGAGCUCCUACUCCGAUUCAUCGACACAGGUGUCACUCGCUGAUGCCGAUGCCCUGUAUAGUGGGGUGCCCCCUCUGCAACCCCCGCUGGAUCCAGCCAGAUUUUCCCAGUGCUCCUCUGCUUCUUCUGUUCCCCUCAUCUCUUGCCAGACAUCCCCUCCCACUGCCAGAAAUAGAGACGGGGUGACAGAACAAGGGAGCCUGAACGACGAUGAAUGUCUGAAGGGUUUGGAUCAAGAUGUGAUUCAUAACACAUGUUCUCUGUAUAACCCUACCACGACUCCAUCUCUGACCUCUCAUCCAUGAGCCUCCAAGCUAGCUGUCUGAAAAGCUGGGACACUGAGGACACUCAAGGACCAUCAUUGAACUGCAGCAGCAAGACCAGCUCUGGAUUAUCAAUCCUCAAGUACCACAGACUAAAUCUAAACAGGGACUGUAGAGAACUCUGUGAGAACACAACAUAGUGCCUCUGAGUGCAACUAAAUGCUCCCUUUACAGGAAAGACUAUCAAGGACAACUCCAGACACUACCCAGUGGACUACGUCAGUCAUGGACUCACAUGACAAAAAAAAAAAAAAGAAAGAAAGCUCAAGUAAAGGCUGUCAACUGCAUGGAAAAUCUAAGCAUCAGACAAAUCAUUGGUUUA